AUGGAUGAUGUCGUGGCUCCAGGAGGCACUCCGGGCCCUGAUGGUGGUGCAGGUGUCGGUGUCCUGAGUGGCUUGACCCCAGGCUUCCAGAGCAGCGGCGGCUUCCAAGGCAGCAGUCCACUGACCGCUCCGAUGACCUCCCCUGCGCCCGCCCCUGCCCCUGCAUCUGCGCCUGCUACCACAGCCAGACUGCCCCGAAGUGCCCCAUUCCCAGGCCCCGACGAACUGGCCGCUGGCCUUGCAUUCAGUGACGUUUCUGAUGAACUUUUCCAGCUGCGGCCCCAGUUCGAUAACAACAACAACAACAAUUCGAGCCCAACCAUCACCGCUUCCAAUCCAAGCCAUACCACCAGCCCGUCACUCUCUAGGUCGACUCUGGCUUCCAAUCCCGCAACACCCUAUACCGGCACUGCGAGCACAUCACCCUCGACUCAACCUGCUGCUACCUCACAGUCCAACACACCGACCUCCACUGCUCAGCCGCGCAGACCAUCCCCCGGAUUAGCUGCCCGACUCAAGGCGCUCGGAUUCGGCACCUCAAACAAGAAAUCCCCCGACCCUUCCCCGACAGCGCCACAGCACGACCGCAUCGGUCGGCUUCCUGAAGACCAGAUCCGACAACUCGAGAAAAUACACCGGGCGAACUCCGUCAACUCGAUCAUUGAACGGCGCGGUCGCCCCUGGAAGGGUGCCACCGCUCCCCUUCACAGAUCCAAGUCGAUCGCCGACGACAGCUCGGAUAGGCCACAGGCCACACAGACGACCGAGUCAACCCCCGUGCAUGCUCCUCUGCAACUCACUGUCGCAGUGCCCGAGACCGCGCCGUCGAAUGCUUUCUUGCCGGAGAUUGCUGCCUCCGAACCUCUGAAUAUGGACACCCAGAAGUAUCGCUUGCCGGACCACACAAAUGGCAACGGCACCAAGGUGCAACUUGAGACAAGACAGGAGCACCUUGAGCGAACGGCUAGGCCACCCUCGCCCGACGAGGAUCCGAGUUUACCCCCGACAUCUCCUCCUACUUUACGGCCCAAUCAUCAACGCCCAGGCUCGAUCUACACACUCUCGCGCGCCUCCUUCGCGAACCAGCUCGCCCAGCUGACGUCGCUACAACUGCCCGAUGCGGGCUCCCUCGCCAGCAAGGUCUCCGCCAUCCCCACUGCAGACCAGGCCUCCAAAGCUCUGAUCAACGCUGCGGAGCAGAUCCGAAGUUGGAUACAAAAAGCGUCUGAAGUCAUUGCUGGCUUGGACAGCGAAGAUGAUGUAGAAUGGGCAGCAGCUGGUGGGCGCGAAGGCCUGGCAGAGGUGGAAAGUGCAGCCGCUCGCUUUGAAGACCUGAUCAACGUUUACGUCGGAGCGAUUGAGAAACUACAGUGUCGAGAGGACAUUGCCCUCGUGCCACCAGGGGACCUCAAGCGUGCUGUCGCCCAGAUGGAGGCCAUCAUCAACGAGUGGGCUAUCAUCGGAUCCACCCUGAACACGGUGAAACAGCAAGUCGAGAUCGCCAUGGAGUGGGAGGAGCUAUGGAACAACGUCCUUGGCGACAUUCAGGGCGAGAUGGAUGAGCUAUGCCGUCUGGUCUUCGAGAUGGAAGAACGACGCCACAAGUCUCUCAUGGCCGCUACUACCAACGACACAGUCGACAUUGGAGACUUGGAGACUAUCGUCGAAGAGACCCCUCCACAACAAACCAAGCUACAGGUGCAGAAUCGCUUCAGCCUCAGCACCUUCCCAAUGAGCCCCAGCUCUCCCGGCACGCCGACACUAUCACAGGAUGACUCCAGUCUCCUCGCGCUGUUCGCCCGCAUGCAGCCCUUGAAGGCGUCUCUAGAGUUUCUCCCCAUGAGGCUUUCCGUCUUCGAAGCCAGGGCCGAGAAGUCUUUCCCAACAGCCUGUGAGGAGUUGGACAUGCGGAGGAAUGGCCUGGAUGGUACUUACAAGAAGUUGGAGAAGGACGCUGAAUCCCUGCGCAAAGAGCUAGGCGAAGAUCGUUGGGUCCUUGUGUUCCGAGGCGCAGGACGACAAGCGCAGAAGAUGAUUGAGUCUGUGGAACGUUCACUUCUGAAGCUGAAAGAUUCAGUUGAUGAGGGCCACCAUCUCACGAGCGCCCCCGCGCUCAGCAAGAAGAUCGAGAGCUAUGAUGCCAAGCGAACCCACUAUGGCCCAGCCAUCGAGAGGGUUCUCUCCAUCAUCGACAAGGGCGUUAAGGAUCGCCUGACAGUCAAUGGCGAGAUUUUAAGGCUGCUUGCUGAGAUGGAAGCGAAAUGGGGAUCCUUGAAGGGGCAGAUGGCGGAUAUGGAUGCGACUUUGGACGAGAUCCAUGUUGACCAGCGCGCGCCACAACUGCGGGACUCCGUCUCGAGUAUGCUUUCGAAUGACCGUUCGACGAUCGACAGUGGACGCGAAACACCAGGCAGCUCCCCACCAUCCUCUGUCAUCAUGUCGAGCUUGGGCUUGGAUCCUAUCACGCCAACUGGGAAGCCCCGCAAUGUUCGCUCUACAGGCAGCAACGGCAAGGCCUCGCACCCAAGCAACCGUCGGUACUCGUCGAUGCCCACACCGGCCUCCCAAGUGUCGCGAAAGCCCCUGACGUCUCGGAUGUCUACAUUGGGCACAUCCAACCUGCCAACUCCAGGCGGCAAAAUUCCUCGUCCUGGCUCGACCCUUGUCAACCGACCGAAAUGGAACCUAUCGAGCAACACGUCGGAUGUCGGUACCGGCCAUAAUUUCAAGCCUCUGUCGUUGACGACACCUAGCCCGUAUGCCAAGAAGACACCUACGACAGCGCGAACGGCCUCUUCCUUGACCCCAUCUUCCGGCCAUCGCCUUACUCCUGCAGGCCGCAGUCCUCUCAAUCGAUCCUCCUCUGCUUCGCCCAUGUUGGAGGAAACACCGACUAAACCUAGUGCAUCGCGCCUGUCGUUCCGCGACAGAAUUGCCUCUCCCGGCCCCUAUUCCCAACAGGUUCUGUCCAAACCUCGAUUCGCAUCGUCGGUCUCGGCCAGCUCAGUCUCGACAACGGGGAACCGACGAGCGUCUCUACAACCGCCGAGACUCGGACAGCCCGAUCCCGUCACUCCCGCUCGCCCUGCAAGUUCCCUGGCCGCAGGAAGGCGUGUCAGCAUGUUGCCACAGCCCAGGACGAUGGGCGCCAACGGCCGAGACUCUCCUCAGCUCACUGCAGGCACUCGAAGCGCUCUAGGAAUGCGUAACAAUUCCAACUUGGAAUCGUCUGCGACAACAGCCGGUGCGAAACCUCGAUGGCGGCAUUAG